AUGAAGAGCGUGCUCCUUCUCCUCAUUUUGCUGGGAGUAAUAUCUGGAAGAAGAACCCAGUUGCUUGAGGGCUUACCUGCAACAGUCACUGUUGAAGAAAAUGCAGCAGCUGGUGUUUCAGUUUGUACCUUUAAUAUAACUGUUUCUCCAUUGUCUCCUGAAGGUGUUGCAAUACUUCCUACUAUAGUAAAUUCAAAUCCACUUGCAAAGGCUUUUCGUAUUGAAUCAAAAGCAGAUUUCGAAUAUAGGGUUGUUACCACUGGAAGCCCUAUCCUAGAUUAUGAAACUAUGCCAAAGAGCUUUGAUUUACAGAUUUUCGUUGAAGACACAACUGGGAGAACUGAUCUUAAUAGACUGAUUGUCCAAAUAACAGAUAAAAAUGAACGUCCUGAAUUUCGAGGAAAUAUGGCAAAUCAAACUGUAACGAUCUAUGUCUUGGAAGGAACACGUCCAGGGCGCAUUUACCAAGUUGAUGCAGCUGAUCCUGAAAAGGCUGAACUCAAAUAUUCACUGCUCCCUGCAACAGUGCCAUUCUUGGUCUCGGAAAGCGGAUCCAUUUUUUCCACAAAAGAAUUUGAUUAUGAGAAAGAUCCACACUGUUACUUUUUAAAUAUAACAGUGUCAGAUCCACAUGGACUCAACUCGACUAAAACAGUGAAUAUAAAUAUAGUUAACAUCAAUGAUGAAAGACCUUACUUUACCACAAAACAAAGAAUCUACAGGAUUCCAGAGGAGCAAAGCCCAGGCACUAUUGUUGCCAAUAUAACAGCUAAAGAUCCUGAUGAUGAAGACUUUCCUAGCAGACUUUUCUACAGCAUCCAGUCUUCUGACAGAUACUUCUCCAUAAAUCCAUCAACUGGAGUGCUGCAGGUGACUGGGAGAAUUGACAGAGAUGCCCUUCCACUGCAGCUCCAUCCUAAUAUUUCAGUGAUAGUCCAGGUGGAGGACAGUCCCAGCAGUGGUCAUGCCAGUGAAAUGGAGAUCACAAUAAUUAUUGAUGAUAUCAACGACAACCCACCAGAAUGCAAUCCUUCUACUUUCAGGAAAGAAGCAAAUGAAAAUACACCUGCUGGGACAUUUCUUCUUGAUCUUAGAAAUUACUGUGAAGAUAUUGAUGUUGAUCCAUCAAACAAUCAAUUUAAUUUCACUGGAUUAUCUGGUUUUGGAAGCAAUAACUUUGCUCUGGAGUCCACUGUGUCUGGAAGACUUGUGAUGACUGAAAGUAUUGAUUUAGAAAACCCAGCUAAUCUAGGAGUUGAAGUUUAUUCUUUGACUGUCAGGGUACAAGAUAUUGCCUGUCCAAACUACUCAAAUAUCAUCUACAUUUACAUCAGGAUAAAGCCAGUGAAUGAUUUUUUUCCAGUCUUCAGUAAUUUAUCAUAUGAAUUUAAUGUUUCAGAAAUUACUAAAGUUGGAUCUAGCAUUGGAAGAGUGAGUGCCAGUGACAAGGACUGGCCACCCAGUGCCAUCACUUAUUCCAUUGUAGCUGGAGGAGGCACCAGGGAUUACGCAAAUAUCUUCUGGAUCAGCCCAAACAAAGGAGAGGUGAAGAUUUUAGCUAGAUUAGACUAUGAAACAACGCAGAAACACAUUCUUACAGUACAGGCCUCAGACCAAGAGAAGACCACAACAGCAUCUGUAACUGUCAGUGUUUUGGACGUGAAUGAUGAAGAACCAGUUUGUUCACCCAAUUUCUAUUCAUUUCAAAUCCCAGUGAGUCUAGCUGUUGGGACCAAUAUUAAUGGCUUCAGGAUUGAAUGUCAAGAUCGCGAUUCUGAUCCCAGGUCUUUCCGGUACUUCAUUAAUGAAGGCAAUGUGAACAAUCAUUUCACCUUUUCACCAAGUGCCGGUUCCAACACAUCUCGGCUGAUCCUUGCAUCCAGGUUUGACUAUGAGAGUGGACUUGAUACAAACUGGGUUUACAGACUGCGCAUCUAUAUAACAGAUGACAAUUUACUAAAUGCCAAGGAAAAAGCUACACACCUAAUUAAAACUGGAACGGUGACUUUAAGCAUCAGAGUUAUCCCGAACCCAACUGCUGUCAUUGCCACAACACCUGGCUUCACUGUUGUGACGAAAAGGGAAAACCUCUACUCUGAAUUGGCGUGGUACGUGCCGUUCGUCAUCACCCUCAGCAGUUUGCUGCUCCUCGGACUGCUGGGGUUCCUGGGGUUCCGGCUGGUGACAUGGAUCCGCACCUGCUGCCCUCUGGCAGGCAAAGCAGACAGCGCACCUCUGAUAAACGAUCCAGAAAAGAAGAAACCUAAGAAAGAAGUGGUUGUGACAAUGACAAAGCUAAACACUGUCUUUGAUGGAGAAGCCAGAGACCCAGUCACUGGCAAAAUGUAUGAAUUCAAUACAUCGUCAGGAGCCAGGAGGUGGAAAAAGAGCAGCGAGCCCCUUCAGCUGGAGCCAGCUGUGCAGGUAACAUCAAGUAACACAGACAGUGGUGGCCAAGGGACAGACAGAGCAAAAGCACCAAGCAAAAAAGAGCCUUCAGAGAAGAGGAAAGAGCCGACUGCAGAGACAAAACCAGCUGCCAAGCCCUCUGCAGGACAAUCAGAAACACCCAGCCAGGAUGGGCUGGAAUGACAAAAGCAGAAAGAGAAGUACUAG